AUGGGAAGAAGUUGGGAGCGAGUCUUACGAGGAGUGGAGCAAGAUGGAAAUAAUGUUGUGCGAGGGAGAAAGCGGAAAUUUAUGCAGACGGUAGCUGAAGGGCAAUGGCUGGAGGGCCGGCAAAUAGAGAGGAAACAAAGGAGGAGAGAAAUGAAAGCGGGAUUUAGAGGAUUUUCUCUACGUAACAGAAGCACCGCAACGGCUCAAACCAAAGGCCUCGCCUCCAAACAUCAUCAUUUUCUCCGCCGCAGAAUGGCCAUCAUCACGGCCACCGUGAAACGCUCCCGCUGA